AUCCCUAAACAGAUGAAGUCAAUGGUCAACAAUAUCCAAUCUCCUCAGCUUCCGGCGCAUGUUAGUAAAAGACAACAACAGAUCUAACCACACAACACAAGUACCCAUCCAAUGAAUCCCACACACACACACUCCCCUCCAUAACUCCCAUCGCAGACAACAUUAUAAGCUUUUCUUCACCCAUUUCAUUCUCUUAUCCCCAGCCAACUGCAACUCUCCCAUAAAUUUAUUUAUUUUUUUAGAAAAGAAAAAGAAACAACAUGGCACACAGGACCACCAACAGGCGCAUAUUAGCAGCAUCCCAAGACUCACCUCCUAAUCCAUCUGCCAUGGAUCCCACUCUCAAAAAGAGCACCAAGAAACCUACCUCUGCCUACCCACCUACCAAAAACCCAGAUCACCUAGUUCCUUCUAAACCCUUUUACAUGUCCAACCCUUUAUCUAAACUGAACCCAGUCCGUAGAAUCGCUCAAAAACCCACCAGGAAUUAUUUAGUUGACCAUGUUGAUACCCACUUGCAGGCUAAAGCCAUGACUGUUUCAGCUGAUUUUGAUAGCUCUUCUAGGCUUUCAAUCAUCAAACAGAAGCAUCAGCAACAGCUGGAAAGAUUUGAAUCAAGGAUUGAAAAGGAGAGCAUAAAGGAAGCUACAGCAUCUAAAGACAAGGUCAAAAGAUUGUUAUCUAAUAAAGAAUUGGGGGUUGUAAACAAGAAGAAAGUUCAAGAAAAUGAAAAGAAAAAGAAGGAUAAUAGAAGUAAGGAAGUGAAGGAUCUAAUUGAAGGGCUUGAUAUUAAGAGGAUGACAGUUUCUUUAGAUGGUGGUGUUGGUGGUGGCAGAAGGAGAUCCUUAUGUGGUUCACAAGUGGAGUUAGCUGAUUUUUUGGCUAAUAAUGGUGCUAAAAUUGUAUCUGUUGAUAUGCCACCCUUUAUGCAGAUCCAUGCUGUUGAUUGUGCAAGAAAGACUCAUGAUAGUCUUGAGAAGUUCACCUCUAAGACUCUUGCACUCACUCUGAAGAAGGAGUUUGAUGGGAUUUAUGGCCCAGCAUGGCACUGCAUUGUAGGGACAAGUUUUGGGUCAUUUGUAACACAUUCAGUUGGAGGGUUCCUCUAUUUCUCAAUGGAUCAAAAGUUGUACGUUCUCUUGUUUAAAACUACAGUACAAAGAGCAGACUGAAUCAUUGAGUUGAACUUUCGUUGAGUUGGAAAGAAACUGAAGCAAUUUGUAGUAUAGGUAGUUUAGUAAAGCUAAAAAGUUUAAAAAAGCAAUUGUUGUUUUGUUUCCUUUUUGCAGCUUGUAUAUUGAUUUUGCUUAGGAAAAGCAGUAUAUGAUAUGGAAAUAUUUCACUUUUUCUCCUGCUCAA